UUGUAAACGUAUGAGAUACGUCUCGAUUAUAUAAACAUUCCAGUUCAAAAUACGUGUAGUGGAAAUUAUCGUUAUAUUUCGCCAAUAAUAUGGUGAUGGCAGGGAACGAUAGCACUCCUGGAUCUUUAGCAGAAGAUUCAUUGUCCACAAGAUUACAAUGGCUUUGUCAACGUCGAGAAGCACUACAAGAAAAAUUAGCUCAAAAAAAUAAUGAACUUAAAAAUCUAUGCGUAGAGGAAGCGGAAUUGACUGGUGUUUUACCACCAGAAAUUCCAUUAGAACCUGGAGAAAGCCCACCAGUAUUUCGUAAAAGAGUUGGGACAGCAUUUACGUACCCACAGAAUUUAAUUAACAAGCUAAAAACAAAUGAAGUUGAAGAAUCUGCUCUGGAACUAGAACGACAAGUUCAAAUUGGUAUAGUGGAGGCUGCAUUAGGAAUUGUAAAUGACCCUGCCGAAAGUAAAGCAGUUCGCCGUAAACAUAGACUUGUUUAUCAACAGAGUCAGCGUAGGCUUCAAGAGUUGGAAGCUAGACUGAAUUUUAUAAGACAGAGUCGCAGUAAAGUGCAUAAUCCAACACAGUCCCAACAUUCUAGCAUUUCUACUACCCAAUCACAUUUGCAUACCAACGUAAAGCAUAGAACAAAGAAACCUCGUCCACCGCUAGACAGUACAGUAAAUGAUGUAAAUAUGAAAGUCACAAGAGGAUUGCUUCAAGAGGGUGGUAUAAGCUUAAGCCCAUUGGGAUCAGAAGAUAAGUGUAACACAUAUCCUGGUCAUGGGUAUGAUGAUCAGUCACUGAUACCUAAUACAUAUAAUCAUACUCAUAAUCAUAAUCAUAUUAGUACAUAUUGCUCUGCGAUUCCUGAUCAAAGGCAGAAUAUUAAAAUAAUUGAACAUGACCAUAACGAUAAUCAAAAUGUUUACAUAUUACCUGACCAAUAUCGUACGCGUACGUAUUCACAUGGAAGCGGUGGUUCGCGUAAUCAAAAUCAUUAUCAAGAUAACGAACGAAUAUAUCGUCCUGUACCAAAUACAUAUACCGAGGACGAACGUCAAUUACGAUAUCGCCAGUUUCAACAGCAACAAUUACAAGAUCAAAUACAUAAUUAUCAGCAAUAUUCUGACUAUAAACACUUGGACAAUGAUGUUCAGCGAAGAUCGAGUCAAGAAUAUUAUGAAAGAGAUUUUCGUACAUUACAUUAUACGCAUCUACCAGAAUUCCCAGUAUAUCAUAAAAAUAAUUCUCAACUGCAACCUUUACUUAGACGAGAUCGUGAUUCUAGUGGAAAUAAGAAUGUACGAUAUGUGGAUUCACCUAGUGAGCCACAAAUGCCCUCAGGUUAUUGGAUGCGAUGUGACGAUGAAAUUGUUUGGUGCCCGGAUGAUCAAUCUGCUUCAGAUAGAUUCGGUAGUUUGGAUCGAAGGAAACGCAAUGCUGUACAACAUACUGGUAGUAUUGGAACCGACAUGCAACCUCGAUAUCGUACAGUAGCUGUAGGAUGCACUAAAAACUCUCCUUAUAUCGCGCCUCAUCAAAAUGCCUCUGUUCAUUUGCUUCCGCUGUCGGAGCAACCAUCAACGAACAAGAUGUUACUUCGUACGCAAUCAUUGGGGAGCGUGGAGAAAUGGCAUUCAAACCAUUUACACGAAUUGCAUGAUGGUAAGGAUACAACAGAUAAUGUUAGUCGCAAAGGAAGAGAAAAAGAAUGGUAUGAAACUUGUUUGGAUUCACGUACAAGUCCAGGAUUAGAUACUAAUUUAAUAUCAUCACAUAAAAGCAUGCACUACCAAUCUACUCUUCCCGUAUGCUCUAAAGCGCCUUUGAGCAACAAAUGCGACGAUGGAAGAAGUAAUUACCUAGCUGCGAUGAAUCAUCGUAAAACUGAUGUAUUAAUGACUGAUAAUGAACAGCAUUUACAACCAUUGUCACCUCGUUACGAAUCAACACGAAAGAAAGUACUUGAAAUUCCAGCUGAAUCAAAGCCGCCACAAGAAACAAGCGAAGAUACGAUAAUAUUGGGAUCAGCUCAGAACUGUACAAUUGUCCAAGCUGGGAAAUAUCAACCAUACAGAGAAGUUACAAAACCUUUUGAAAUGUCUGACUUUUAUAAAUAUUCUACUAAAUUUCGCAAAAGGAACGAAAUGAACGGACAAAGUGCUUCAAAUGAAAUUCAAGAUGAUUCUCGAGAAACAAAUGAUGCAGAACCUGAUACUUCAAAUACCAUACAUAAUGGAUCAGUUGCUGGUUCAGUACAAAAAAGAAUCUAUCAACCAGUUCAACGAAUGACAUGCCAGCCUUAUCUUGCAUCAUUGAGAUAAUUUUUUGUUCGCAUAUAGAUUAUGAUAAAUUUAAACAAAUAAGGUAAACCAGGUCAGAUAGGCUGGACCUGUCUAGAAAAAUAUUUCUAAUCUACUUUUAAUUUGUAACAGACUGAGAUAUGAUAUACUAAUAGAAACAAUUUCUAUUAUAGCAACAGAUGUGGUCAACAGAAUUUCAUGACAUUGUAAUGCAAUUUUUUUUUUUUUAUUUCUUGGUCCAGUUGAAAAGUAAUUAAUUCAGUACUGCUAAAUAGUCGCAGUAUUGUUAAAAAAGCGUAUAAUUGUAUACACGUUAAGUAAGAUGUUACAUCUUAUAGAAAAUUUAAUUGAGUGGCAGUUAAACGUAGCUUAAAUAUUAAUUCAGUGUUGAAGUUUAACUAGUGCCUUAUUUUGAUUCAAAAUUACUACUAAAGUUAUACAAAAUUGUUUACAAACUAAACGUAUAUGUACGUUGAAUUUAUAAAUAACGAAUUAUUAGAACGUUGUGCGUUGUGAACGCAAAACUAACUUAAAAACUUUUUUGUUAUUUUAAAACUAAGCUGAAUAUAUGAUAUACAUAUAGUCGCAAUCUGAUAAAAAUGUACCAAAAUGCUUUGAUUCGUAACAUAGAGAAUUAAUAUUUUUAUAACUGAUUUUAUAGAAUAUUUACAUAGAAAAUAAAAGAAUAAAGUUGCUGAAGUAUGAAGCACUGAGAAAUAAAAAGUACACCCAUAGAUUAGGUACUAAUAAUAAGAAUAGUUCUUUGGAUCAUAUAUUUUAAUAUAUUAUAUAUUCAUGGAAAUAGUUUUUUACUAUUUUGCAUCAUCUAAAAUAGAUGGUAAGAAAACGCUAAAUUUCAUUAAUUUGAACAUUUCCAACUUUAAGCGCCAAAGAUUCGAAUGAUGUUUCAUGAUGCUUUGGUUAAAAAUGUUUUGUAUUUAUUUAAAUAGAAUUUAUACGUGUUUCGAACAGUAUAAUGAAAUUUAUAUUCAGUUCAAUGAUAUGUUCAUGAAUGUACAUUCAUCUUAAUUUUACUAAUUUUACUUUAAGCUGAACAUUUAUUUCGAUUAAAAUUUAUUUUCCAGAACUAGAAGUAAUGUAUAUUAAAGUUAAUGAUUAAUUUAUACCAACGAUAUGAACUCAUAACAAAAAUAAAUGAUUCACGCUUUAGUUAAUAUCUAUCAUCCAUUAGGUAUGUUUUUUUAUAACGUUACAAUGUAAAACGUUAAAGCUAAAUAAAAGUUCGAUUUAAUUUAUCGGGUAAUACAUUCUUCAUAUUAUUUAAUCUUAUCUUUGUCGCUAUAAUAAUGUUUCUAUUAUGUUUUGAGAAACUAAUAAAAAAAAUCAGAUUCAAAAAAAUUAAUUUUUAUGCUAUUAUGGACUAGACUUGUAACAAAAACUCCUAUUGUCCUUAUCGGUAGCACCUAAUGUUUCGAAUUAAAUUUUUAGUUUACAUGAAACUUUUUAAAACUAUGGUUUAUGUAAUAUAUACAGGGUAUUCAACUAAGGAUGGGCAUCCUUUGAGAUGGUGACACCUGGGGCGAUUCUGAAUAACAUUUUCUUUUGGUAAAGGAAAACAUUGUUCAGAAUCACCCGACCUGCCAUCUCCUUAAAGGAUGCUUAUCCGUAGCCGAACACCCUGUAUAUUUUGGUAAACUAUAUAUUAGCAAAUAUUAAAAUAAAAACAAGAUUACUAUACAAUAUUUUUUCAUAUAUUGUUUUAUGAAUUGUAAAGAUCCAUUACAUCCUACCAAUAAACAUUUAAAACAAUGACAUGUACAUUCAACAAUUAACAAACACAUAAAACUUUUUGUAUAUAUUUACCUUCAAGUUUUCACAAAAAUUAAACAUAAAACAUAUCGAUUUAGGGGCAGAUUAAAAUUCGAAAACAUAUUUGUAAAGUAGAUGAGACGAAAGGUGUAUUGUUGUCCACAGUUUACAUAACAAUAUUUAAUAUAAAAAAUAAAAACAGUAAAUAUUAUAUAACAUGGAAAUUAAAUUUUGAAUUGUAGUAAUUGUAGUCUUACUUAACAGCAUUUAUCAAUAUGGUAGGAAGUAAUGGUUAAAAAUCAGUUACGUCUAAAAUGGGUAUUAUAUAUCUACUAUUGAUCAAGCAAUUUCAUCUUAAAAAUUUAUAUCUAAUGCAAUCACUCACAAAUCAUAUAAAAAUUCUAAUUUUAUAUAGUCGUAUAGUGCAAUUGCAAGUAUGUAUAUGUUAUUUGUUUCAACAACAAACUAUUUCAGUUUCUAUUUUACAACUGCACUUUACAAAAUAAAUUAAUAUUGGACUUAUAGUCAGAUCCAUUGGCACUCUAUACCUAUUUCAUUAUAUGUAUGGUGCUAAAUAAAAAUACGCUUUUAAAUUCACAAUA